AUGGACUUUGAGUUUCAUGGUCUGAACUACUUUUCGGCUCAGAGUGUGUUCGUUCCAGGAGUGAAAUUCAUAGAGGCUAAAACGGAAAUGAUGCCCUAUAAUGUUGUGCUAUUGGGUGCCAUGCCUGAACAACCAGAGCCAACUGGGUAUUGCCUACUGCCUAGACGGACAGUCAUGAUGAGUGACUAUGCAACGACGGAUCCGAUUGGUGAUUUCAUAGACGAUAUCUAUAGUAAAGGAUAUUUCCUGGGAGACUUGAUACACCAUAUUACAAACAAUAACCUGGCUGGAGUCAAACAGGUCAUUCAAGAUAGAGGUUUUACAAAUCUUGAUCUUGCUGAAGUUCAGCAGACGCUUAAAAGGUCUUCGAUCCCUGGUCCUGAUUUUGAUGUAAGAUAUGCGGGGGACAGCUAUCAAAUACAGGAUACUUCCACCACUCCAUUGAACAACUUGUUCGUUCAUUCACUUGAUGAUCAAACAGUUCUAUCUCAACAAACGCAAUUAGAUGGAUCGGUCACCUUUACCUCUCAUGAUGGCCAGCGCUCAAUUCAGGUAGUUUUCAACGUUGAUGUUGAUUCAGAAUCUCCAUGUGGUAGUGGAGGCUUCGAAGGCACCUCAUGGUCUACGACAGAGCCAGAACAGAAAACCUAA